UUACAAGUUAAGCAACAGGUUGGGAUGAAUUGGCAUUAAUUACUCAUUGAUGAUAUUGGACAGUUUGGUGGCAUAUUGUAUAAGGAAGUCUUUAUUGGUUUUAUUUAACUGAUCCCGAUAUUGUCUCUAAGACUGCAGCUUAGCCACUGGACACUGGUGGACUGCUAAGUGGCUUGCUUCUAAAGAGUUGAUUGUUUUUUUCUAUGAUCUGAAGGGUUGUUUGUUUUACAAUCCGGACAACACUCACUAACAUUUUAACACUGUUUAGGGUCAGACUGUUUUUUAGUUGACAAGAUCUAUUGACAAAGGUGGAAAAUCUGUCAUCAACAAGAUUAUAAAGAAAAUGGACAUAAUUACACUGUGACAGUAGGUGUAGAAAAGUUAAGUAAAGAAGAGAAAGAUGAUUAAAGACAAGGGAGAUGUGGACAUUCUACUGGUCAACAAGCUCAGAUGUUCAUUACUGAUUCCUGUCUAAGCUCAAGACAAGAUUGCAGCAGGGCAGAACACACACAGGCAGGAAAUCCAUUUCAUUAGUCAUGAUGAACAUUUGACAAUACAAUUAAAUCAAACACCAAAAAUCAGAAUGCAGAAUCCUGAGAACUACCUCCCAGGCGUCCUUGACAACUACCCGGAAAUGUUUAACCGGACCAAUGUGAACAUCAGCGCCUACAAUUUCUCUAAUUACAGCUACGAUGGCUACAACUAUGACCAGUUUGAGGACUAUACCUUCACCUAUCCCCCUGAUCACCCAAUAUGUCAAAACAAUGGCUCCGCAAUCAGGGAAAAUUUCCCAUCAUACAACCUGUGCAUUCACAUUCUGCUUCCUGUCUUGUGCUCCAUCGGCAUUCUGGGAAUAUUGCUGACGGUAGUUGUUUUAAGCAGGAAAAGCAUGUCAACAUCCACAAACAGUUACCUGAUAUCACUAGCGAUGGCAGACUUGUUCUUUUUGGUUAUUAUGCUGAUGAGGGUUAUGGACACAAGACUUGACCGAGAGGCUCAUUACUGGUUCUUGAUUGUGUUGACUUACAGCAGCUCAUUACUCAAUCUCUUCCUCUUUGCCUCUGUGUGGUUAACUGUGAUGUUGGCUGUUGAACGAUACAUUGCCAUCUGCCACCCACUUCGAGCAAUGUCAAUCUGCACAGUUAUAAGGGCAAGAAUAAUCAUUGUUGUGAUAUUUGCAGUGGCACUGGUGUACCACAUACCUGAAGUGGUCAAGUUUAAGAUCACAUAUUUCUUGGACUAUUGUCUUGGAAAAGAAGUUCCAAUGACAACACCAACAGCAUUUGCCAUGAAUAUGAUAUUUCGAAAAGUCUACAACUGGGUGACAUGCUUCUUCUUAGCUGUUCUACCAUUCUGUUUACUGCUUGUAUUAAAUGGCUGCCUUAUAAGAGAGAUCCAUAGAUCUACAAACUACUUACGCUACCAUUUAGCAAGUGACUCCAAUGUGCAGACGAUCAUCACUGGUGAGGAAAUCAGGAUAACGCUGAUGCUCAUCAGUGUUGUUGUUGUGUUUUUUGUUUGCCAAGCUCCGUACAUUAUCCAUCAAGUUGUGGCCAGUAUUUACCCUGAUGUUUUACUAAAACAUUUAAACAUCCUCACUUAUGUGACGAUCCUUCUUCUUGUGACUCGAUCAUCACUGAACUUCAUCAUGUAUUGCUGGUUCAGUGAGAAAUUUUGGAACACCUUCAAGCGAACGUUUUGCAAGCCGUCAUGUCUGCUGAUGCGCGCCCCAACCUGGAUUAGGUCUCGUGUUUGGAACCACAGUGAACACGGGCACAGCAACAACAACCACACAGGUGUGGUUGGCCAUGGGGACAACAGGACCACCUCCACCCACUAUGAGAAUGGGCUUCUCCUCAGAUCCUUGUGUGACCACCACACCAACCACAUAGACCAUGUUGUCACUAAUGUCUAACAUCCAGGACCUAUCAGCAACCUGUAACUAUGAGAAUUAGAACAGGGAACACAGGACAUGAAACAUUUUAAGUAAUUUCCAAACUUAAGUCAUUUUCUUAAGUAUAGUAUCUCUCUAAUCAUAUAAGAAAAUGGCUAAAUAAUUUCUGAAUUCCUUUAUUGUCAUUGCCUUUAUUAAAAAUACAUAAUUUUAUGUUAAAAACACUUAUAUCAUUCUUUAAAUUUGAUUUUGAUUUUUUUUAAAUUGACUUAAGUGAAGAAAUGAGUUAAGAUGUUUAAUGAAUACCGGCCCAGGGCAUCAGAUAUCUAUGUUUGACCACACUACCAUCCUCUUGGGACCAAGGUGUCACCAAAUGUCAAGCCGCAAGGAAACCUUCAACUUUGAGAGCAGGCUUCAUCUUAGGUCCAUGAUCAGCCACCAUGCAACACCAGAGAUCAUAGUGUUACGAAUGGCUUACCGCCAUACUGAUAAACUUAAAACUUUGAGAAAUGGCCACUUCUCAAGUUUCAUGUAAGACUUCCAGACCAACCAAUUUUACUAUGGUAUCACAAGGAGCUAUAGUAAACCUCUUAUUUUGAAACAGGCUCUUGCUUGUAUUAUAUAUGUUUGACCACCUCAUCAUAAACAUAGACUCAAAGGCAUAACUGGCAUCAGACCAUCUGAACCAGUAACAAAAAAUUCCACUUACAGGAUUGGCUUCAUCAUAUCUGAAAGUAUAUCAACCAACUCAACAUUAAGGAAAAGGGGUCACAUAAUGUUUGACCACACCUGAGCCUAUUGAAAUCUCCAACUAUGUGAAAAAGUUUAUUCCAUGAGCCUUAUAUGGUCAGCAAUAGAACAAAGUACCAAAACAAUUGACCACACACAGCAGUAUUAUUUCACCAUCGAGUUCUAGUUCAAUUGGGGUGACCACCUAGACUGACCAGCAACUUCAAGAGCAGGGACUGUUGUAGUCGACUAAAUCCCUCAUUGGGCAUUAUGCAUUCAGUGCAAUGUUAAUGGUUGUGUACAAGCUGCUUAGUAGCAAAGCAAGAGUGGAGACUUCUCAUUUCAAGCUGCACUCUCACAGAUUUACCAUUUUUACAACUUUUUUUAUAUUUUGUCUAUGAAAGAGCAAAUUUUUGCGUAAAUAUCUGCAAUUAAGUGAUAUAAGACAACUGACAAAAAAUCAGAUCGCAGAUUUUCAUAUUUCCAUUCGAAAAUUAAUGUUUUAUGGCUUAAACCGUUACUUACAGUUUAAGAAAAAUGCAUAUAACAAUAUUUUUUUAACUUAAAUAUAAAAAUCUGCAGUCUUAUAUCACUGGUUUCCAUGGAUUUUCCCAAAAAUUUGCUCGUUCCAAGACAAAAAAAAAAAGUUGUCAAAAUGUCCAAUCUGUGAUAGUGCAGCUUUAAAUGAAGGCAGUCAAAACAUAUGAAUUUAAAUGGAUGCAUAUUGAUAAUAGAACAACAAGAUGCCAUUCACAUGACAUUCUCUUUCAGCUGGGAGUUACAUAAUAUGACUGAUCCAGUACCCAAAUCAGAAUCAGUAGAUUGAUUCUCAGCCAAUAGCUUGUAUCAUGUGAGAGGAAGCCAGACAACAAUAAUAGGACUGAUGUGGGAAUAACCUCUUAAAUUGCAGAGUUUCCGAAUAAUAAACCCAAAAUAAAACACUGAAGAUCACAAUUCAGAGGACAAAAAUAUGCAUCCAUAUUAAAUUAAAUGACACAAGAGUGUAAUGAUAUUUAACCGUGCAAAACUGUCCUGUUUCAAUUUCAGUUCUUUCAGUAUUACAGAUAAUAAAUAGCUCAAUUAUUGACCUUGAUUUAAAAUAUUGUUUCCAUAUGCUUAUUGACAGUAUUAAGCAUUUUUUAAAAACAGUAGGAUUAGUACAAAAAUGUUUAACAUCAGGUUAAAGACUUCAAACAGAAAUAACAUCUUAUGUUUUGUUUACAUUCAAAUUUGUUUUUUGAUAUUUGUUUAUAUGAAAUCCUGUUGAGCUCAUUACUUUAAAAAGUUAAAUAUAAUGCAUAUUACA